ACAUGGAGGAGCUGAGCGCCGUUGGGGAGCAGGUCUUCGACGCGGAGUGCAUUUUAAACAAGCGCUUGAGAAAGGGAAAGUUGGAGUUCCUCGUCAAGUGGAGGGGAUGGUCGUCCAAACAUAACAGUUGGGAACCCCAGGAAAACAUCCUUGACCCGAGACUGUUGGGUGCCUUCAAAAAGAAAGAGCAAGAAAAGGAGCUCCUGUUACGUAAGAAAGGGAAAAGACCCAGAGGACGACCACGGAAAAUCCUUGAAAAUGUGCCUGAAGCUCCAAAAUCAAGCAGCUCUUCAUCUGGCUCAUCGUCGUCAUCCUCCGAUUCCUCAUCCUCCUGCUCGUCCUCUUCGUCCUCAUCAGACGACGACGAUGAAGACGGUGGCGUCAAGCCGGCGACCCAGAGUCUCAGAACACGAGACCAUCCCGUCCCCCAGAAGAAGGCCCAGAUCGUCGUGGCGAAACAGGAGCCCCCGAAGAAGCGGAGCAGGAAACCGCUGACCCCCGACCCGAAGGAGUUCCAGCAGAACAAAGGCCUUCGCAAAAUCCUGAAGACGUCAAAAGAUACAGAUCUCCCAGGAGCAAUCAAAAAGCCUGUUCACCCGGCAAGCUUCACCUUCAUGGGUUUCCAUCGGAACUCUGGUCGGGAUACACCGGGUGGUCCGACCAGGGGCUCUCCAACCCAGGGAGGGGCCGUUAAAAACUCCAUGAGCUCCGCGGGAUCUGGAAAAUCCGUCCAACCCGCCUCCCUCUCUCUGAACAAAUCCGUCCAGAGCAGGAGCCUCACCGAGGGCAAACUGUCAAUCUCCAGCAUGAGCAGCGGGGCGGGUCUGGAUUUGAACACAGCUGCUGGUAAAUCAAAAGGGGUGGCAGCGUUGAAUUUGAAUACAUCCAAACACCCCAUUCAAGGCACCACUCAGCACACACUGAGCUCCCCCAAUGGACAAAAGAAAGCCCAGGCCCCCGUGUCAGCACUGCAGCGGUUGCCCAACACCAGAGCAGUCGCUUCUGUACCAACUAAGAGCGCCUCCUCCAAUCCAGGUUCUGGCCUUCAGCCGCUUAACCUCCAGAACAAACCAGUGCAAAGCAAUAGUGCUCCUGGGAAUGGUGCCACGCCAGUGUCGGGCCUGAGAAAUGCAACAAACCCGGCAAGGAAAGCUACUGUCGCACAAAACAAGGACUACAGUGCUCCAAAGAGUCCAGUAGCCCUGGGAAGGCCGCUGACCAGAAAGAACCAGCCGGGUGCAGACAAGGUCAAGGAGCCGACUGAGAUCCAGGCCUCUAGAGUCCAAGGCAGGCUGGAGAAGAGCACGGUGCACAAAUCCUCCGCAGAGGCCCAGAGCCAACCGGAGAGACCGGCCUUCAAGGACGGCAAGAAAGCCAAAACGAACGACAUGAGCACGGGUGAAGAGGAGACCAGCUCGGACUCUGACCAAGAUUCUUCCUUCAUCGGACAGGAUCGCGCCUCCAACCAGGACUGGAAGCCCACACGUAGUCUGAUAGAGCACGUGUUUGUCACGGAUGUCACCGCCAAUCUAGUUACCGUCACAGUCAAGGAGUCACCGACCAGCGUGGGCUUCUUCAGCAUGCGCAACUACUGAUGGGAUUCCAGACGCUGCAAAAUCAGACGGGCUAUGAAACCCACAGAGGGGAUUUGAGCUCUGAACUAAAUAAAACCCCUUUUUUUGCUCGGGAACUCCUGAGGAACUCAUCGGGGAGUGGAGGUCAUUUAACAUUUCAAUUUUUUUUCAAUAAUAGACUCAUUUUUAGAUACAUAAAGAAACUGAACAGGACAUCAGUUAUUGAUUGUAAUUAUUUAUUUGCUUGUGGCUACAAAUUGUGCAAGAAAGAUGUUCGGUCUCCUAUGAUAAUCUCAAGUAAACAAAUCUUCUCAACGA